GCAGACGUCAGAUCAGUGACCGGAAGCGGAAGCUGCAGGACGUUUGGCGCGUUUGUCGAAGCUGUUGGCGCCACCGACACAACUCACGCAUCAUCGUCAGUGCAGGAAGUGAACUGUUCACCGAGCCGCGAGUAUUCCUGUAAAUUCGUCUUUUUUCGGUGCUAAACCUCCACUUCGCGGACAUGGCGCAGCUCACAGAAGGAGCCAUCGAGACUCUGUCAAAUGGCUCAGGAGUCAACGACGCUGUGCUUCAGUUGGUGAACAUCCGCAAGAUCGAAGGGGGAAGUGGUCCAGCUCGCUUUCGGGUGAUGAUGAGUGACGGGCUGCACACUCUGUCCUCUUUCAUGCUCUCCACCCAGCUGAACUGCAUGGCCGAGGACAACAGACUGGCCCCCAACUGCAUCUGUAUCCUGAAGAGGCACGUGACCAAUAAUCUAAAGGAUGGACGGCGUGUGGUGAUCAUUUUGGAAAUUGAAGUCAUAAAGUCUGCUGAUGAGGUCGAUGGGAAAAUAGGAGACCCUACUCCAUACACAGAGGGUAAAGGCCAGCAGUCGGCUCCAAACACCGAGCCCCGUCCUCCACUGCUGCAACAAAAUAGAAAUGAAGCAAUGAACAGAGGUUCCAAUAGAGACUUUGGGAAGAAGGCAUCUGCUGUGCCCAGCACUCCAGGGGGCAGCUCCAAAAUUGUACCCAUCGCCAGCCUCAACCCGUACCAGUCCAAGUGGACCAUCCGUGCCCGUGUAACCAACAAGGGCAGCAUCCGGACAUGGAGCAACUCUCGCGGUGACGGCAAACUCUUCUCCAUGGAGCUCGUGGAUGAGAGCGGGGAGAUACGAGUGACUGGUUUCAACCAAGAGGUGGACAAGUUCUACAGCCUGGCUGAGGUCGGCAAGGUCUACUACAUCUCCAAGGCCUCCCUGAAGAUCGCCAACAAGCAGUACACAUCGGUGAAGAAUGAUUACGAGAUGACGCUGAACGGAGAGUCCACCAUCAUCCCCUGCGAAGACAGCGGCGACGUGCCCAUGGUGCAGUGCGAGUUUGUUUCCAUCGGUGACCUGGAGAGCAGAGAAAAAGAUGCCAUCAUCGAUGUGAUUGGAGUGUGCAAAAAAGUGGACGAGGUGACCCGCCUCACGACAAAGUCCAACAAAGAGGUGUCCAAGAGGACGCUCGAUCUGAUGGACAUGUCUGGCAAGCUGGUGACUGUCACUCUGUGGGGAGAGGAAGCAGAGAAGUUUGAUGGCUCUGGACAACCCAUCGUGGCCAUUAAGGGGGCGAAGGUCUCUGACUACGGAGGCCGCUCCCUCUCAGCAUCCUUCAGCAGCACCCUGAUGGUCAACCCAGACAUCCCUGAGGCGUAUAAACUCCGAGGCUGGUACGAUAAGGAGGGCCACGCCAUGGAAGGACAGUCUCUGACGGAGGCUAAAGGUGGCGGCGGGGGUGGAAACACCAACUGGAAGACCCUCACCGACGUUAAGACCGAGCACCUGGGACACGGAGACAAGGCAGACUACUACACCUGCAUAGCCACCAUUGUGUACCUGCGCAAGGAAAACUGCCUGUACCAGGCCUGCUCGAGCCAAGACUGCAACAAAAAAGUGUUGGACCAGCAGAAUGGCAUGUUCCGCUGUGAGAAGUGUGACAAAGAGUUCCCCAACUUCAAGUACCGCCUCAUCCUGUCGGCUAACAUUGCAGAUUAUGGAGACAACCAGUGGGUGACUUGCUUCCAGGAGAGUGCAGAGGCCAUCCUGGGCCAGAACGCAGCUUACCUGGGGCAGCUCAAGGACUCGAAUGAAGCUGCCUUUGAUGAAAUCUUCCAACAAGCCAACUUCCACACAUUUGUCUUCCGCAGCAGAGUGAAGCUAGAAACAUAUAACGAUGAAUCCAGAAUCAAGGCCACGGUGAUGGAGGUGAAGCCCGUCGACCAUAAGGAAUACUGCAAGAGGUUGAUCGUGAACAUAAGGAAACUGGCUGCCCAGUAGGAACCUGUGCUCUGUGCUCUGGUUUUGCUUCUGCAAGUUUCUCUUUGUUUCUGUACAGCCAACAAACAGCUCUAAAUGUAUGAGUUUUUUUUUCUUUUUUGCUUAUGAGGCAUUUGUUUAGUAUCGUUGUGAAUUCACGCCUGCGAAUGAGUAAUCCUCUAAGUGCUAAUGGAGCGAAAGUUCACCUUUUCUUUGUCAUAUAAUGAUCGGUGGCCUGAUUCUGGAGAACUGUCUUCUUUCGGUGAACAUAAUAGACGAGUAUUAUUUUUUCCUUUCUGUUGUUUGGGCAAGCGGAGCAGAGAGUGGGUCAGUAAGCCACAAAAGAAAUCAUCACUCUGUCUGUCUUAAGUCGGCCAGUUGUUCCUGCUUAUACUGUGGUCAUGUGUGUGUGUGUGUGUGUGUGUGGGGGGGGGUGGUGGCUUUAAGCAGAACAGCAGCACAGUAGCGAGCACUCUUUUCACCCUCUGACGCGCACUCAAAAUGGCUGGGCUGGACCUGCACAUCCCUGAUAAGAAGGUUUACUCUCAAACACUUUCUUUUUUUUUGCCCCCGUCUGUCACGUACUUGCAAACAUAAGCACAUAUACACAUGCACAGCACAAACCUAAUGGGAAAAGUGCUGCGUCCUAUUUAAGUAGAUGGAAGAUGUAAUUUCAAUGCAUGUAACCGUUCUCUGAGUUCUGUAGUUCUUUUUCCUAAACCGUGAGAAUAAAGGUGUUUGGAACCAUG